AUGACGGUAGGACAAGGGCCGUCAUUUGUCGUGCGAUUCACAGGCGAUGGGAAGUACUGCCUCGUGGCAGGCCAAGAUCGCACCGUCCGGCUAUAUAACCCGCACCGUGCCGACCCAGACAAGGAAGGGACAACCAAAGCUGGAGAGCUCGAGCAAGCCCUCCUUGUCAAGAGCUAUGCAGGGCCCCAUGGGUACGAGGUGUUGGACGUUGCAGUAUUGGCCGACAACUCCCGCUUCGUGUCGUGCGGCGAGGACAAGGCGGCCUUCUUGUGGGAUGUCAGCACGGGUGCCGUUGUUCGGAGGAUACAGGGCCACGAGCAGCGAAUAAAUUCUUGUUGCUUCGGUGCUGAGGGCAGCGUGCUCUUCACCGCAUCGUACGACAAGGGGAGAGGGGGCGUGACGCUUUACAACAAGAUCUGUCUUCGAGUCUACCUUGUCGCCCUGCAGCAAAGCUCCCACUGCUGCAUAAACUUUUCCCCUCCUACCACACACGCUACACGAGCGCAGACGGUCCGAGCGUGGGACAUGCGCUCCAGAAACCGCUCCCCGAUACAGACCCUCGAGGGCUGCAAAGACAGCGCCACCUCCGUGUGCACAGCUCCCUCGGGGGACGAGGUGGUGGUGGGCUGCGUGGACGGGAAGGUCCGCACGUACGACUUGCGCGGCGCGCGGGUCCACGAAGACGAUGUUCACGCCCCGGUGACGCACGCCAGCGUGUCUCACGACGGGAACUGCCUGCUGGUCACGUGCCUGGGUGGCAUCGUGCGGCUGCUCGAGAAGUCUUCGGGGUCUCAGCUCAACACGUACACCGGGCAUCUGCACAAGAGCUACCGGAUGGAGAGCUGGCUGGCCAACACCGACGCGCAUGUGAUCAGCGGUUCCGAGGACGGGCACGUGUACAUUUGGGAUAUCGUGGAGGGCAAGGUGACGAGGACACUCAAACACCACCGCCGUCCCGUGUGCAGCAUGUCCUACCACCCCAGCGAGCCUAUGCUCCUCACGGCGUCUUACGAUGGUUCGGCGGUGCUUUGGGCUCCAUAA